GAAUGGGCUGGAUGAACCGAGAAGUGGGCGGAAACAGUCGUGAGAUUAAAAAGCCUUGUCGGGAUGCAUUUCGUUCCACCUUCCACACACUCACGAUCUGGUUUCCCCUCGACAAUCUCUGCGGCUUUGAUGAAAGCAGUGGGUCAAACAACGGCUUUAACACUGGAGCUGUGAAAAACGAAAACGGGUGCUCCCGUCGGGUUGAAAGAGCCGCAUCAUCUUGACCAGACAGCACAGCGAUAAUUUGCUUCAUUCUCUAAAAUAAACAUUUUGUUUUCGGAGAGUGUAAUUUGAUACUACAUAAACGCUGCAGCCGCCAUCAGUCCCUCAUAAUCAAAUUUAAUCAAAGCAAAAUGGUGCAAAAUAUGAUCAGCGAAGUCACUGGAUUCCAUAGCUCUUUCAAGGGCCAAAAUCCCUUUGAGACUGAUGAAUUCACAAAAAAUGGAUCCCUCCUUGAUUCCGACUUCAAUUUUGAGUCGUCUAAUAGACAUGAUUUUUAUGAUUGUGUAGAUAUUCCCUCCAGCCAGCCUAUUGACAUCCCUGAUGCCAAGAAGAGAAAUAAGAAGAAAAAGCGUUGCAGGGCAACUGACAGCUUCUCUGGUCGAUUUGAGGAUGUCUACAGGCUGCAGGCAGAGGUUCUUGGAGAGGGGGCAUAUGCAAGAGUGCAGAGCUGCAUCAACCUCAUCACCAAUAAAGAAUAUGCUGUGAAGAUCAUUGAGAAGAGACCAGGUCACAGCCGCAGUCGCGUUUUCAGGGAGGUGGAGAUGCUGUACCAGUGCCAGGGUCACAGAAACAUCCUGGAGCUGGUGGAAUUCUUUGAGGAGGAAGACAAGUUUUACUUGGUGUUUGAAAUGCUAAGAGGAGGUUCGGUCCUGGCUCACAUCCACAGGAGACAACACUUUAGCGAGCAGGAAGCCUGCGUUGUGGUGCAGGACAUCGCCAGCGCUCUGGAUUUCCUGCAUAACAAAGGAAUGGCACAUAGAGAUCUGAAGCCAGAAAACAUCUUGUGUGAGCAUGUGGACAAGAUCUCUCCUGUGAAGAUCUGUGACUUUGACCUGGGCAGUGGGAUCAAGCUGAACAGCGACAGCUCACCCAUCUCUACCCCAGAACUCCUCACUCCGUGUGGCUCGGCAGAGUACAUGGCCCCUGAGGUGGUGGAGGCCUUCAGUGAGGAGGCCACCAACUAUGACAAGCGCUGUGACCUGUGGAGCCUGGGGGUCAUCCUUUAUAUCCUGCUGAGUGGCUACCCGCCCUUCGUGGGCCGCUGCGGCAGCGACUGUGGCUGGGAUAUGGGAGAACCAUGCCACACAUGCCAGAACACGUUGUUCGAGAGUAUCCAGGAAGGGAAGUAUGAGUUUCCUGAGAAGGACUGGGCUCACAUCUCCUCAAGUGCCAAAGACCUGAUUUCCAAACUGCUUGUUCGUGACGCCAAGAACCGCCUGAGUGCUGGCCAGGUUCUGCAGCACCCUUGGGUGCAGGGGGGUUUCUCUGACACUCUGCCAACAUCCAUCCUACAUCAAAGAAACAGUGCCAAGGACUUGACGUUCUUUGCUGGCAAGGCGGUGGCCAUGAACCGGCAGCUGGCUGAGCAGGCAGUGAUGGAGGAGCAGCAGCAGUUUGACGAGGCUCCCUUGGUCAUCACAGCCAGCUCCACCUCCAUGCGCCUCUACCCUCCAUCCAACUCAAAGCUGGCCAAGCGCAGGCAGAGGGGCAGCCUCUUGAAGACUGAGCCCGUCUCUGCCGCCGAACUCUGCCAGCUCCUCACCCCCCUUGUCAUCACGUCAUCAUGUGCCUAAACCACCAUCUUUGACACCUCCCCCCAACACCAAUUCUGAUCUCUAGACGACCGCUCAGCCUGGCCUCUCUGCCACUACCUGGCCGCAGCUCCUCAGCCACACUGACUGACUGCAGGCAUGACCCCCUCUUUAACAGGAGACUGCUGCCAUGCCUGCUGUCUGUUUCCUAACUGACUUCUGCCCCACAGCAGCACUUGUAAAGCACAUCAGCCGGGCCUGCAUACACACGCACAUCCAGGCUGACGGGCUGCUGGGCCUGCUAGGGACUGGGAGGUCGAUGGGAUUGGAGGCCUCAAGCUAAGGCAGAAAAUUUGAACCAAGCUCAGACACCAAAGUACUACCUGUUGUGCUGCUUUCACGUUAUAACUAGAUCAACUGUGACUUAAGUUUACCUAGAAUGUUCUCUUUGCCUGUAUGUCUGUGUAUGCAUGAAUGCCUCAUCAGCAGAUACAUACAUGCUUAUGCAAUAGCCAAGAUGACGUGUGGAGGGAUUCAGUGUAGAGCAGGCUGGACGCGAAUGAUGUUAGUUCCUGGUGCAGUCCAUUGUUUGGCUGGGACUUUCAAAGCUUUCAGAUUAUUUUGUUUAUCUUAAUGGAUAAAUUCCUCUUCAACUACACUGACUCUGUAGAAGGUUUAAGCCCACAGUACAAAACCUUGUGGCUGUGCACUUGAGCCUCUAGUACCAGAGAACGUGUAUCUAUAACCAGCCCUUAUUACGCUGCAAUGUCUACCAAUGCAGUUUAAUAGAUGAAAUGAAUUAUGCCAAACUAGCACUGGCCAUGCAUCAUUCAAUGUUCAUUCCUCCUGAAUUUCUACAAUGCAAUAGGGGUUGAAUUAAAUGUGUUUUUCCUGCCUCUGCAAGAGAGGCUUUAUGCACCAACUCAAAGUUCUUGGCACAUGUAACUAAUUUGAUACCAGAGGGGUAUACUACAAAUCAGGAUCAAUGAGUUAGCCAGCUAACUUUGAACAACCAGAAGUAACUUUAUUUUCUUGUUCAUUAAGAAAGCUAAACUUAAUGUUUUUUGGUUGAGUUGCUAACCAUGUUUCCAUCCAACCGUUUUAUGCGUUUAUUUUUUAUUUUUAAGUACGUCUUUUUUAUUAUUUUUAAUUCACGGCAGGCCUGAUGGAAACGGCAAAUUUGUCAGUGAACUUAACAAAUGUUAAAACAAAAUAUGAUAGACUAGGGGGGAUAUUUGUCGGUACAAUUUAAUUAUGUGAGGAAAUGGUGACGCAAAUGCCUUUAUGCGCAAAUAUUGAUAUAACUUGGUCACGCGAUAUGUUGUGUGGUCCUCCCACUACGACUCAUCAAAGAAUGCAGUUUAUUAGGCUACAUAUGAAAUAAGUGAAUCAUAACUUCACAAGGUGGCGAAAGUGCACGCAGUGAUUUGAUUGCUCCUUUCCAAUAAAUAUCAAGGGUCUUAUUCUGGAAACAUGAUUGACGCUUGGCUGCUUUUUGACAAAUCUUUCUCUUUUGUCCAUAAUAAUCUCAUGUAGGCUAUCCUACCGGCACUCUAUCUGCGAGCUGUUGGCUAGAACACAUGUGCCAAGACCAGUGGGCACAUUUAGCAAUAUAACAAAAAAUGUUGACGAAACCUGUAACUUGUAUUCUUUAUUCGGUACAUGGGAAUUUAUCCGCAAAAGUAAUUUAUGAGCACUACGUCAUCACGUACAGCAUUUUAUCCGCAACAGGUCAAUUUGAUAAAAACCUAUCUCUGGUGAGAAAAUAUGCAUAUUUGUUUUUAUGCAAUGUUUUUGAAUAUUUACAUAUCUAUCGCCAAUUGGAUGGAAACCUAGCUAAAGAGACUUCCCAUUUCAAGCUCAACUUAAAAAAUAUAUAUAUUUUUUUAAUCUGAACAUUUUGGCACGUUAGCUGGCAAACUCAUUGAUCCUGCUUUGUAGUAUACGCCUCUGACAUUUUGAAUGGGGUUUGCCUGAUGCUACCCUCUCAUUAAAAAUGGCAAAUAUGGUUCCCCAUGCCAAAUUGUGUACUAAGUUUUGUCGUCAUCAGACCAUUCGAUGUUCACAGCUAAUACGUCUUAAGUAAUUUGACUGCCGGUUAGUGUGAAGUAAUUGUAUGCCAUGGCUGUCAUAAUAACCUGUCAAGCAUAGCAGGGUUAAAAAAGCACAUUUUGGCCACUGUGACUUAGAGCUAUUGUAUUUCUGAGAUCCGGUUUCAAUCAGGCUUUUCCGUUAAGAGGGUAACCUGAUGGUGUCCUCUAAUGUGACGCACACCCUCUCAGAAUGAUUCUAAACUGCAUCAUAACGUUGCAAAUUUGCAUAGAACAUGGUGAAGGAGACUAUGAAAACCAUAUUUAAAAACAAUAAACACAAUGGAAAAGCAUUCAAAAUAUAUAUAUAUAUUCUGAGGACAUGUAGCUGUAUUAAUGAGUUCUUUAAAAAGUUUACUUUAUUUUAUGUUUGAUAACGACAUCAAUGUUUAACUGUGCCACUGAUAUUUUUAUGGCUGUUUUUAAGCGGGUUUUUAUUUGUAUUUUUUAUAUCGACCUGCAUGUGGUGUUCAGGUGGAACACCAGAUGUUUUUCUUAAGAUUUAUUUUUUAAGCGUUUGUUCUUGAGUUCUAGUUGAAUGAACAAGAGGAUGUGAGAUGGGGAAAGUGUUUUAUUUGUAUCUGGAGCGAAAUGAAUGCCCAGUGAAGGCGUUUUCUUUUACUGUUUUUGUAUGUGAAAGUGUUUAACUAUCUGUUUGGAAACAAGUUUGGCUCUUUCUGAAAUUGAACAAUUAUUUUACGGUGAUGGUCUCAAGACAUUGUAGCCAUUUGCCAAAGAGGGUAAUAGUCAUGACAAGUGUUUUGACUUGAGGUUUUUUACACGAGUGCACAUUCUCAAGGCGUAAGAAACUACUAAACUCAUGAAUGUCCAUGUGGUGUUGCCAGCACUGCAGUGUGGUACUCUGGAAAAAAUGGCUCCCUUGGCGUCAUAUGGCCCAUUAUGCUGAUAAUAGGACACUGAUUGUAAUAUUUUAAAGAAACCUUCUACCGAUGCAUCUUUGUGGGGUUUUAUGUCUUAUAGUAAGACUUACUUGAAUUUGUGUAUGCAGCUCUUUCUUCUUUGUUUGUGGAACUACCUUGCUAUCAAGAAUCUGAACAAAAUCAUUAAGCUAAGUCAGGCAAACUUUAGGGAUUUGAAAAUACCUAUUCAAUUCAGUAUUUCAACUUUUGUAUCGGACAUGUUUCUCCCUACAUUUUGUUAGGGUUGGGAUUCUCAGAAAUGCACAAAGACUUGGGUAGUACGCUUAGAUAUAAUUAUGGUAUGAGUUUCCUUGGUCAUAACCAUUUCUACUUUUACCCAAUGCAGUAGUUUUGGACUGCCUUUUUAUUUGGAGAGUGGAUACAAGCUAUCCCUCCUUACAUUGUGAGACCUUUUUGAAGUAAAAUGGAGACCUUCAACUGGACAGUCAUAAUCCACUUCCCCACAAUUUGAAUGUAGCCCACCGGCAAUGCAUUUUAACAUUUACAUUUUAAUUAAACAUUUUUAUAAAUAGUUGAGUUUGAGGGAGGUAAUGUAGAUUUUUUUUCUACAAUGUGGUUAUGAUCUCCUCAAGCCUUCAGGCUUUUCUUGAGUGUUGUUAAUACUUUUUUUAACUGUUCUCUCCCAGCCCAAAAUAUUGAUGGGGAAAAUGUUGGAAAUUACAUCAGACAAACAUUGAUUUUAAAUAAGCACUUUACUGUAACAUGUGACUGAUUUGCAGUUCACGCAAAGCAACAUCUGACUGUUGCAGAAUUUUGUAUUGUUUUUCUAAAAAAUAUACAAUAAAAAUGCUUUGAAACA